GAAAAAGGGGAAAACUUGUAGUCGCCGUUGAACGGAAGAAGAAGAUUAAUAAAUUGUGGUGGUGCAAAAUAGGCUCAACCAAAAGGAUGAAAAUUGGGGGUUUAGGGUUCUUCUUCGUCUUGGCAGCACUAAAUUGAAUUUGUCGAAACAACGUUGUUUGGUGAAAGAUGGGAAGCCUCACGAAGGCGUAUUGUCAGUACAACAACAUCCCCUUUCACCCUUAUUAUUACAGACCUUCCAACCUUCACAACCCUAUUUCUCUCUUCGCCAUCACAUCUCCUUCCAUUUCACCCACAGACCCUUCUCCUCCUAGUAGUGGUUACAAACCACCACAAAAGUUUCAGUUCGGCGGCCACUUGAUAAUCCCCGCCGUGGCAGUCGCAGCUUCCGCCUGGUUCUUCCUUCGUCUCCACCGAUACCCUCCAAUCAUCACCGCCGCUCCUAUGGAUCUCGAGUUGGAGGAAGAAGGUGCGAUCAAAGAGGUCCCUUUGCAGCGCAAGCCGGGCCAUGUGAAAGCUCUCCACUUUUACAAAACCAAGCCGGGUACCGUCUUCAAACUGAUGGAAGUGUACGCCAGUGGUAACUACGAAUCCUUGAAAGCCCGGAUUCGCCUGUCCGCCGAGUGGCUAGAAAGGGCGAGGAGAGAGUUGGAGGAGGUGGUGGAGAGAGACCCGGGUCGGGUCAUGGAGUAUUCGCAAGUGGUCGACGAGCUGAUGGAUCUUCUCAAGGAUAUGGAGGUUUAUGUGGAUCAGUGCGAAAAGGACAAGGUUAAGGGUUACCUUAGAUCUUGCAAUCGGUUGCUUGCCCGUGUCAGGAAAAUGGAAGCUCGGAUUCUCAAUGCCCUCCAAGAGUUUCACGAUGAUGAUGAUGAACCAAGAGGAGGAGACAACUAGCUUUAGCAAGGAGGACCCUCUCACUCUUGUCUUGUCUCUUGUCAUUUCAUUUGCUUUCUUUUUUUUGAGAGUUAUGCUUUGCUUCUAUGAAUGAAUCUCUGUAGGAUGGUAAACAGGUCUCUCUCUCUCUCUCUCUCAAGUUUUUUUUCUUCUUAAUUUAUGUGUCUGUGAGAACAAAUAGUUACAUCGUCUUUCUCCUAAGCCGUAUCAGAUAUUUCAUUGCUA